AUGGAAGGUUAUCUUAUGCCUGCACUACUAUUAGCUCUGCAUAUUCUCCAAUUAUUCAAUCACAUAAACCCCUGCACAGCCACUGGCAAAACAAACACUCAAUACAUAAAAAAAUCAUGCAGUGUCACAAUUUAUCCUAGAUUGUGCUACCACAGCCUCUCAAUCUAUGCCGGAAAGAUCAAGACCGACCCGAAAGUACUAGCUCAUACUGCACUCAAUGUGACCCUUGCAGCCACCCAAGAAAGUUCUGUGAUAAUGAGAAGGUUGUCAGAAAUCCAUGGUUUGAAGCCUAUAGAGACUGCAGCAGUGCUUGAUUGUAUGGAGGAGAUUGGUGACGCUAUCGACGAGCUUCAACAGUCCUUGGAUGAGCUUGGUCAUGUAGGUAGAGGCUCAAAUUUCUGGUUUCAAAUGAGUGAUAUUCAAACAUGGGUUAGUGCUGCGUUGACAGAUGAGGAUACCUGCAUGGAUGGGUUUGAAGAGCAUCAUCUGAGAGGCAGGGUGGAGGCUGUUGUCCGUAGGUACACAGUGAAUGUUGCACAUCUGACAAGCAAUGCUUUGGCACUCAUCAACAGCUAUGCCUCAUCUAAAGCUGCCUUGCCUUAG